AUUGAAGGCGGAGCCGAGACGAACUUCUCUCUUCCCAUUCACCGUGAAUUAGGCGGUUGGAGAAUAGAAAUUCGUUGCUUCGAGCCUGGAACCGGGAAAAGGAGAAGACAGCCGUUGACGGCUUUCUUUCCCUGUCGUAGUCUGUGAUCAGUGAUCGGUUGUUGAGAAAGCAAAGGAAGCGGAAAGUGACAGUUCUUGGAAGGACGUUCGUUGGUUUGUCAAGCUUGUUCCGGGUGCCGCCGUCUGGUAGUAAACUUGAAACUGUUCGUCCUCCGUCCUGGCUUCGCUCGCAAGCUUCUAUCUUCAGUAAAGUCUACCAAGUAAGCCAGCAGAGGGUGUAACUUUGAGGAGCAGCAAUGGCUGCUACGAAGACUCGGACAAGCAGCUUCUCUCGCAACCUGCCGGCUGCAUCUUCUGCCCAGAGCCCUGAAAUCAAGUGCGGUCCUAAUGGCACAUUUUUGGUCUCCUCUGGAAUUCCUGACCUCGACAAGACCCUAGGUGGUGGGAUUCCUUUGGGGAGUUUGGUCAUGGUGAUGGAAGAUUCAGAAGCACCUCAUCACAUGCUCUUACUGAGGAACUUCAUGUCUCAGGGACUUGUCCAUAAGCAGCCUCUUCUUUAUGCUAGUCCAUCCAAAGACCCAAGAGGGUUUUUGGGUACUUUGCCCAGUCCUUCGUCCCCCAAAGAUGAUAAAUCCCGCAGUCAUGAUGCAGAACAGGAGAAGGGUUUGAGAAUUGCUUGGCAAUACAAGAAGUACUUUGGUGAAAAUCAGUCAAACCUCGAUGGUCAAAGAGGCAUGAUUUUGUUUCGCUUUAUCGUUCUAUAUAACAAACAAGAAUUCUCGAAUGAGUUUGACUUGCGGAGGCCAUUGGAUAGACAUUUUUACACAGGGCAGCAUGUAGACUGUAUUAGCACCAAAGAUCUACCAAAUAUUGCUGCUCUUCAGGAGCGCUGCACUUCAUUUUUGUCACAGUUUUCCAGGUAUAUCUGUACAUUUUUUGCUAUCGACUUUGUUGGCUUUACCAAUCUUCUAAUUGUCACGUUCAGAAAUGACGCAACCGUUGCUUGCACUGGUCGUAUUGCCAUUCAGUCGUUAUGUGCACCCCAAUGUGAAAGUUCCAACAUGGAAUGGGAGAUGCUUUCCUUUAUCAGAUCAUUGAAGAGCACUGUGCGGUCUGCAAUUGCAGUUGCUAUAAUUACAUUCCCUUCGUCACUUGUAUCAGCUACCUUCUGUAAAAGAUGGCAGCACCUAGCAGACUGUCUGGUAUCAGUUAAAGCAAUCCCAGACGAAGACAAAGAAUUGGCCAAACUUCUCACGGGCUACCAGGACAUCGUUGGCUUUCUUAACAUACACAGAGUGCCACGCAUCAACACUCAAGUUCCUGCAGUUCUGGAGGCAACUACGUUGUCGAUAAAGCUGCAAAAGCGUCGGUAUUUGGUUUUGGAAUGCUUGAAUCAAGCCCCGGUUGAUGGUUCCAGUGGGAGCUCGUAUGGCACUUCUGGAAGCUGUUCUGGUGCCUCCUCCAAGUCCGGCUCUCUCGACUUUUAGAACAAGGCACUCAGGCGCUAUUGAGACUGUAAAUUAAGCCCACACAUUAAGGCAAUGGUUCUUGGCAUAGAAACGUGUUCAGAAAUUAAAGUAUGGAAUAGAGUUUGGUUGCAAACAACUAUGUGCCCAAUGCCCAAAAUCUAUAUCGAACAUCUACAAUAACAUGACGAUAAUUACAGGGAAAUAUAGCUUAUGUACAGAGGCAGAUUAUCUGCAGUGAGCUAAGCUAGCCCGGACGUCCAUCCCUCCUCCAAAUCCAACUCCGAUGAAAUCAACUCAUCAAUAUCCUCUGCAUCAUUUUCAUCAGUUUCCAUUGCUAUAUAUUGAUAAGACGAUGGCU